CAAAAAAUUGUGAUAAAAAAUGUGGAAAUGUCCGAGGAGAUGCAACAGUACUCAGUGAAGUGCGCGACUCAGGCGCUGGAGAAAUACAAGACCAUGAUGGGCAUCUCGGCCCACAUUAAAAAGGAGUUUGACAAGAAGUACAAUCCCACCUGGUACUGCAUCGUGGGGAAGAACUUCAGUAGUUGUGUGACACCUGAAACCGAACACUACAUCAGCUUUAACCUGGGUGACAUGGUCAUUCUGCUGUUCAAGUCUGCUUAG